CAUUUCAUAUUGACCAGGCAAAUAAUAGUUGCGUAUACGCCGUGUGGUAAAGUGUGAAAGUUAAAUGUGUUCAAUCGGUUGUAUAUUAGUGAACAGAGUUGACUUAAAAUAAUUAACAAAAUAUAAAUAAAAUUCUUUGAAAGUUACUUAUUCUGAAAAAUAAUUUUGGGCUGCUUCACUGCUUCAGAAACGUGGCGAAUAUGUUGAAAAUAUUUAAUUGUUUAGGAAUUUCGCUUUUUCUAUUCAGCACGUGUGCCCAGGCGCAAAGUGGUUACAACUAUGCACGCCCUGAAAUUGCGAACGCCGGUGGUGGCGGAGUUGGCAGCUCAAAUGUCUUGCGCCCGAUAGUGCCCGUCGGCAGCAACGCCUUGGCCGCCACACCGACUUCGCCUCUGGGCUUCCCAUCCACCGCUGGCACAGCUUAUGGCGGCACCGGCGGCGCUGCGACUGCACCUUUCUCCGGCUUCGGGACGCAGCCGUCAGCGUUAGGUGCCACUGGACAAGGUCCGUAUACGGGUGCUACAAACGCUGCGACAUUACAAACUGGCAGUGGUUUCAACGCGGGUAAGCGUCCUAUUUUGGCGCCACAGCAACGCGGUGGUGGUGGAGGCGUAUUCGGUGGUGGUCUGACGAGCAUUACAAGCGGUCAGUCGGCAUACGGUAAUACACCACGCGUUUCGGGACUUAACGAUGUGGACUAUAGUGGCGAAGGUGAUUAUUCCGCCAUACCGGGUGUACCAGCCGUUGAUUAUCCCAUAUAUGCGGAGGUGCCACAAACCAAUUUCGAUUGCGCACAGCAACUGCCUGGUUAUUACUCGGACGUUGAAGCGCAGUGCCAAGUAUUCCACAUUUGCGCACUCAAUCGCACCUACUCUUUCCUCUGUCCGAAUGGCACGAUCUUUAGUCAGGAGACCCUUGUGUGCGUGUGGUGGAAUCAAUUUGAAUGCGGAACGGCGCCUGCUCUAUAUGCCAACAAUGCUUACAUAUAUGAUUAUGGUAGCGAACAACGCACUGCAGGCGCUUACAGCGGUACUGGGGGCGGCGCAGCAUUAGGAGCACGCCAAUCGCCCAGUUAUCCAGGCGCAGCUAGUAGCAGCAGCUUGCGUGCUACAAGCCCUACAUUGCCCUCUGCUGGUGGUAUUUUCGGUGCUGCCAAUCUACGUCCCACCGCUUUCGGCGCGAUCCCUAGCACAGUGACUCCAGUGCCAUCGACCGCGGGCUACAAUGCAAAUACUGGUCGCUUUCCUACUGGCUCGCCAGCCGGCGGGCAGGCCUUCAAUACUGCCGUUGCACCGAUUGCAGUCGCGCAGUCUACGUAUGGACCCGGUGGUGUUGGUGUCGGCGGCGGUGGCAGUGUGCCGGCAGGCGGUAGCAACGCUAACGCAAAUAGCAAUCGUGAAUAUUUGCCACCAUCGCAACAGCAGCGACGUCCAUAAAUCUACGCCUUUAUUGAGUAGUACAUAUAUAAAAAUCAACCUUCUGUAUUAUAAAAGACCACUGGCAUCUGUACCCGGCUUAUGCUGUCCUUACUCUCAUCCACCCGUACUACUGUUUACGUUGUACACCUUAGUUUAAUCACUUAUACAUUGACCCAUUUAUAUAAUAGUAAUUAAGUAUUCAUUAUCCCAUCCAGCUCAUACUUAAUACUUCAACACUAUUCUCUUCAAAGGCAUGCCUGUUUUCGCUCACCUUCUACGGUUUCCUACCCUUAGU